CCUGAACCUGAACAGCAGCCAAGGACGACGAACUGCGAAGCUUCAGCCAUGAACGAGAACAAUCCUUCUCGAACGGCUUCUGCCGACGUGGAGCCGAAGCAUGUAUCGACUGCUAGAUGGACACCCGCCAACGGCAUCGAAGCAGUCACGACUGUGACCCCGGCAAGCGCAAGUUCGGACGAACCGAGAUCACCACCUGCAAAGCGAAGGAGAGAGGAGCGUGAGAGGAGUAGGGUCAGUAGAGCUUGCGACCGAUGAAAAAGGUUAGAUGUACUGGAAGAUGCCCUUGUGCGCUCUGUCUGCGAUCCGGGUUGCCGUGCGAGUUUACUGCGUCGUAUACUCGAGGAAGACUGCCUUCUGUCAUUGUCGACGAUCCCGCGAUAGCUUCAGAUGCACUAGCCUCAGGGCGGAAAGAGAGCUUAGCCUCAGGAACGUCUGCCAAAGAAGAGACUGCGAUAUCGACAACACAAUAUCCACGCAUCUAUCCUAGUCCUUUGACACCUAUCGACCCACCGAGUUAUUCAAAUCCCGACAACUCCGAAUCAAAUGCUCUAGGCAUUGCUACCGACCAGAUCAAUCGCCCUGCCUCGCGAGAUUCUCCAGUACCCCAGGGAGCCCAAAGAGAUCAAGAAGGUCACUAUGUUGGCUCUUCGAGUGCAGCAUCGUUUCUCAUCCGUAUUCAGAAGCGUCUGCACACGAAUUCUUCCUUGUCGCAUGACUCUACCAUCUUCACCUUUGGCGACGCGCCCCUCCCAGAGUUUGAUCUUUCCAUCUUCGUCCCGCCACCAAAGCCUGAUGCACAGAGACUUGUAGAGCGGUACUUUGACUACGCAGCUCCAACUCAUCGCUUUCUACAUCGACCAACAAUCGAACAGCUUGUCGAGGAGUUCUAUGACACUCAAGGUGAGAUGAGAAAUAAAGAAGAUGGCAAAGCAAAAGUUGCAUUAUUGAUGGUGGUCUUUGCGCAAGCGCAAGCGUAUAUGCCACUUGGUAGUACGGUGCAGACUAGCAGCGCUCGAUACUUUCGCGCAGCCGAAGCCCAACUAUUGCAAGAACGUGGCGCGGUAAGACUAGCGAGCGUUCAGGCGCGACUGCUGCAAUGUUUCUACCUCCUGACGCAAUCUCGCAUCAACCACUGCUGGAGUCUCUUCGGCGAGCUCUCGCAUCUCGCCUUCGCUAUCGGCCUGAAUCGUGGAAGGAAAUGCGAUCCUUCGACCAAGGUGGACUAUGUAGAGAUCGAGAGCCGAAGACGCCUAUUUUGGGUGGCAUAUUCACUGGACAAGUACCUCGCAGCUGCUCUAGGUCGUCCACGGACUUUCAAAGACGAGGAUAUCGAUCAAGAACUUCCUACGAUCGUCAACGACAACGAUCUCCAACCGAACUAUAUCAACCUACCCUCGCGGCUUACUUAUUCCUUAAUGACAGCGCCAGUUGAGCACAUCAAGUUGACACGCAUCGUGUCUCUCGUGCUACGAGAUCUUUACUCAAUUCGUCCACCCAGUCUAGCCUUACGCAUCGAGCUGUCUUCAAAGUACACAUCAGAACUACACGCGUGGAAGAACUCGCUGUCAGGAUUCCUCUCCGGUUCGACCUCGAUAGACCGUAUCGACAACCAGUUGCUCAUACCAGUCUACCAGCGUCAGCGUUCGGUGCUGAAUCUGGCGUACCAUCACGCGCUAUUGCUUAUCCACCGACCCUUCUUACUGCGAGACUUUGCGAGUUUGACACAUAUGCCCACCCAUCCCAACUGGAGUGCCGGCCUGAGCACGACGUAUGACGCAUCGGCGAAUAUCACCGCUUGCCUCGAAGCCGCCAUGUCCAUUGUACGCUCGGUGGACGACGUUUUCAAGGCAUCCAACCUCUUCCGCUCUUUCUGGUUUACCCAGUACUACGCCUUCUGUGCAGUGGUAGUGCUAUACAUCCAUCGCAUUCAGCAGGGCUUGGGUGUGAAGACCAAAGUAGAAUGCGAGGGAUAUUUCGAGGCUGGUGUCAAAUGUCAGAGACAACUGGAGACAGUCAGUGAUACAGACUGCCUUGCACAUCGUUAUUGUGUCGUAUUGGAAGAGCUUAGAACUGAGGCAGUACGCCAGUCAGGCAGACUAUCGACACCAGUAGCCGACAAUGCCAGCUUCCAAGACACUUCUCUCCUCCCACUAUCAAUGUCGGCGCCAAACCCCGAUCCUGUCGCGUCUGCGCCGAAUCUUGCACCUUUGCUGUACGGUAACAGCAACAACAUCGACAUCGACGGAACAGGGGCGUUCAACAACAGCACCAACAAUACCACCAACCCAACCUUCUCCUUCGAUCUGCUCGACUGGUCGGACUUUGCUAGUUGGGGACAGUUCGAGGGUCUAGUGACAGCCGGUAACGGCUCCUUCGAUCCUGCGACCCAGAGUGAGAACGACUUUUGGUUUGGAUCCUGAGCGGUGAAUUAAUAGGCAUGACAGAGCCUCGACUAGAAGCAUCGGGAAAUCUGAGGAGGUUCCAUUCCUGAUACAUGAAACCAACAUGUUUGUCGUUGGCUAUACCGUGGUCUCUCAAUCUCUUUCGUUCAGAGGGAUCCUUUGGUAUUGCUUGUAUCGUCGCACUGUCUACGGGUUAGUGCAGUACUUUGAGAUGAACUGGAUUAACAAGGAGUACACACUCGCGCACUCAUAGAU